AUGCGUUCACAGAAGAUGAUGCGCCGGAAGAAGAAUGUCAAGAAGGGAAUUCAGUUUUGUCUGAUGGUCUGUGGUGCUUCAGGAACAGGCAGAACAACCUUCGUCAACACUCUCUGCAGCAAGAGUGUAUUGAACCACAAGGACUCCGAUGAUGCUAGCGCCGCUCACGUCGAGGAUGGUGUCAAAAUCAAGCCCAUUACCGUUGAGCUUGAAUUGGACGAGGAGGGUACCCGCAUCUCCUUGACCAUUGUUGACACCCCCGGCUUCGGCGACCAGAUCGACAACGAAGCUAGCUUCUCAGAGAUUGUUGGGUAUCUCGAGAGACAAUAUGACGACAUCUUGGCCGAGGAGUCGCGUAUCAAGCGAAACCCCAGAUUCAGGGACAACCGAGUACACGCUAUGUUGUACUUCAUUACCCCUACUGGUCAUGGUCUCCGUGAACUCGAUAUCGAAUUGAUGAAGCGCCUUGCCCCCCGUGUCAACGUUAUUCCCGUUAUUGGCCGAGCCGACUCUCUGACUCCCGCCGAGCUUGCUGAGUCGAAGAAACUCGUUAUGGAGGACAUCGAGCAUUACCGAAUCCCUGUCUACAACUUCCCCUACGAUAUUGAGGAGGAUGACGAAGAUACUGUGGAGGAAAAUGCCGAGCUCCGAGGUCUUAUGCCCUUUGCCAUAGUUGGUUCUGAGGAGGUUAUCGAGAUUGGUGGUCGAAAAGUCCGAGCUCGUCAAUAUCCUUGGGGUGUCGUCGAGGUUGACAACCCUCGUCACUCCGACUUCCUAGCUAUCCGAUCCGCCCUGCUCCACAGCCAUCUUGCCGACCUUAAGGAAAUUACCCACGAUUUCCUUUACGAGAACUACCGUACCGAGAAGCUUAGUAAGAGCGUUGAAGGAGGUGCUGGAGUUGACUCAUCUAUGAACCCCGAAGACCUGGCCUCCCAGUCCGUCCGCCUAAAGGAGGAACAACUCCGCCGAGAAGAGGAGAAGCUCCGCGAGAUCGAAGUCAAGGUCCAGCGCGAGAUCAACGAGAAGCGACAAGAACUUUUGGCCCGCGAAUCUCAACUUCGCGAGAUCGAGGCAAGGAUGGCACGAGAAGCCGCUGCUGCCUCUGGCACGCCCGAGGCGAAUGGCGACGAUGGCAACUAA